CUGGGGAUGAGCGCAGUAUGAAUGUAUCAAGGUCAACUACGUUUUGUUAACAGAUGGAUAGACAAUAAACGUAAGGUCUGUUAGUUUUGCGUUAUGAGGAGGCGGAAAGUGUGGAGACUAUUCCAGUCGUCUUUAGACUCUAAGUUGAGCCUUAGAAGACAUUCAUGUCAGUCUCGUGAUUUUAUGAGCGAGCUUAAAAAGUCAGAGCUGAUGCACAUAUGGAGUAAUUGUUUUGGGAGCCAUCAGAGCUUCUUACAAAAUAAUGUUACUUGUCCUGUAUCAGAGGAAACGACAUGUAGAGUGGUUUUUGAUAAUAUCUUGAACUUAUUGUUAAGUCCACAUAAUUCCAGUUUUAUAAAAUGCACUAGCUGCAUUCAAAAUGAAAACGAACUUGUGAUAGAUUAUGACAUAUUUGGAGUGUCGCUUUAUGACAUAAUCAGAUAUAGUCCUGGACGUCUGCGAAAUCGUAGUGCAAUGUUAUUUGUCAUUUUUCAAAUCAUUCAUAGCGUUAAGCAGUUACACGAAGUUAAUCUACCACACGGUAGCAUAACACUCCAUAAUGUAUUUGUUGAUGACAAUUCCAACGCUCUUCUUGGUUUCCCAAGCACAAUUGAUGUCCUAUCUAAUACAAAGUUAGAAGAGUGCCAUGAAAGGGGAAGUGAUGUGGCAAAUACAAUGUUGACAUGCAGCAAUAACAAAGUGCGCGAAAUGACUACUGAUUGGAUGUUACACAAGGUUUCAAACUAUGAUUAUCUCAUGUACCUAAAUAAACUGUCUGGUCGGCAGAAAGGUGAUCCAUCAAACAGUGCUAUCUUACCGUGGAUAACAAAUUUCGAGACACCUAAUGGAGGGUUAAGAGAUUUAAAAAAAUCUAAGUACCGCUUAUGUAAAGGAGAGGAUCAACUGAAUGCAAAUUUUAAGGCGUCACUUUAUAAUCAUGUUACAUCUAAACGCCCUAGUUGGACGUCAGGAUCCUGUAUUUCAGAAAAAGAUUAUGACAUUAUGAAUCAUCAACAAGAUUUCAUGAAACUAUGUGAUGAGUUAUCUACAUGUAAUUUGAACACUCCAAGUGGCAAUUUACUUCACAGUAUUACAGACCAACAUAUUACUAAUGAUGUUGGACAACACAGUGUGAAUGUCACGUUUUCUCCACAUCAUUUACUUGAUAUCAUGCCUGAUUUAACCUAUUAUACAUACAUGGCCAGAAAAACUCCUCUAUCACUAUUGACCCAAUUCGUACGCCCAGUUUAUCAACCUCAAGAAUUUCCUAAUAGUGUUGCUCGAUUGUAUGAAUCCACACCGGAUGAAUGCAUUCCUGAAUUUUUUACAGACCCAUCAGUUUUUUCUUCCAUUCAUCCUGAUAUGUCUGAUCUGGGUCUGCCGCCUUGGUGUUCCACAGCAGAAGAGUUUAUUGAAUAUCAUAGUAAACUUCUGGAAAGUGAUGAAGUAUCUAGUAAUUUGCAUCACUGGAUUGAUUUAAACUUUGGAUAUAAAUUACUUGGUUCAGCUGCAUUGGAUGCUAAAAAUGUUCAUUUAGAAUUGGCAGGUGACCAAAUUGCUACACGUUCUUCUGGUGUCAUAUGCUUAUUUCGUACACCACAUCCUCAAAGAAUUUGCAGUAAAUAUUUAUCAACUUAUUUUGGUGCAGUACUUCCCGAUAGUGUAUUCAAGGAAAUGAAGGCUUCAGCAUCAGAAAGCUUUUCAAUUAAUAACAAUAAUGAUAUGAAGAGGAUUAAUUCUUCAGGCAAUAAAGUUUAUUCGGAGAAUGGAAAUUUAACUUCAACAGUAAGACAAAUGAAAACUGUUGCAAACUUAAAGGUGAAUCAUACUUCCAAAGUAUCUUCAGACAAUGGUGUUUCUAGAAAUAAAAUAUGGCUGCCAGAUGAUUAUAAUCCAUUGGAGAUGAUCAAUCUUUAUCAAAAUUUAUGCAAAUUCUUAUCAGCUGAAACGUAUAUUCAAGAUUUGAACGAUGUAGAGUGUAUUAAAUUGUCAAAGUUUGAUAAACGUGAUAAUGAUUUCAACAAUCUGUUCAAAAUUGAUUUGGAGUCAUUAGCUUGUCUCAUUGUCGAAUUAAGUCUAUAUUCUCUAGUCAAUUAUACUGAAGCCAAUUCAUGGAAUCAUGAGGAGAGGGUGAAUUUUGCUCGUCAGCAAUCACGCUUACACUGGGACAAAAUACCGAAUUGUCUACACGAUGCUGUUAAUGCUAUUUUGCGUCCAUUUGAUUAUCAAAAUCUUGUUGGUGAAAAAUUUCAUAAACGUUUCUUACCUACAGUAGAUAUUUUCCUCCAUAUACUUUGUGAAUUUCCAUCAUAUUUUUUUGAUUUACACUAUAUUCGAGAGAAGCUAAUCUGUAUUGCUGAUCCGAGUCAUUCAUUCCAAUCAGAAUCAACUAUUACAUAUAUUCCAAAAACUGAUCUGUACUCAGCCUUCUUUCCAACUGAUAAUCACCUAUGUCUAGUCAAUCGUACAUCUAAUCUGUCUAGAGUUCAUAUUCCAGUUGAUAUCAUUAAAUUGCUAUAUCCACACAUACAAACAGCUGUAUAUUCCAAUCCUAUAUGGUUUUUAAAUAUUUUAAAUUCCUCCAAAAUUGUAGAACUCUUUUCUUCAAUUGGUGGUAAAGAGUUCGUACAAUCGCAUCUUCUCUCACUAAUUGUAUAUUUGUAUAAACCAGAACAACUGAAACGUAUGUCAAGUGAUGUGUCUAUCAGUAUCCCCCUAGCCUUGUUAUAUUCCCGUCGAUUUCUACGUCGUUUAUUAGCCUAUACAAAUGUGAACACAUUCAUGGUUCAUAUUUUACCCUAUAUAACUUUAGGCCUUAUAGGUGGUAGUAAAAAUGCUUUAUCUGAUGAAAGUACUGUAUGGCAUCAAAGAAGUUAUACUGGUGGUUUAACAAAUGAAACAGACUAUACUAAUUCAAGCAUAUCAAAUAACAAGUCGAAUGAUGAAUUUAAUGAACAUUUAAAUUAUAAUGAAGAAAAAGCGCUAUCAUCAUUCGAGCAGCCUAGAAGUUAUGCAUUAUUAUCAUUAUCAUCAUCAUCAUCAUCUAAAAAGCAAACUAUGUUAAAUGUUGAUGAGAUUGGAAUUGAUCUUCGAAAUUUACUUACUGAUGAAGAAUUUCAAUUUGCAGAAGAUACUAAAGGCUUAACUGAGUUUACUUGUCAAAGUUUUAAUGAUGAAGAGUGUGGUGAUGAUAUUACAAGUCAUAAAUCAUUAACUAGUGGUUCAAAUGAUGAAGGAGUAACGCGUCGAUAUUCACCAAGUUCCACAUCACAAACAUCGAAAUUAUCAUCUCAAGUAAUACCUGAUAAUUCAACAGAGGAAAAACAUGCCAACGAUAUACAGAAAAAAGUUAUACCACCGGAUGUUACAUCUAUUUGCACUAAUACUACUACGAGUAGUAGCAACAGUAAUAGUAGUAGUAGUAGUAGUAGUAGUAGUAACUGUGCCGCCAGUAUCAGUUGUAUCCCACCAAUCACUGCUGCUAUGGACAGUCUUAAUUGGCUUGCAAAACGUGUUGGUCCUGUAAUGACCAAUAAAUAUAUUGUCAAGUAUUUGUUAGGUACGCUUACAUUAUGCUAUGAAGGUAAAAAUCAAUUAUCUGUUAACAUUGCCAAUAUGCCUUCAUCAGAGAAACAUAUCAUGUUUCCCUUGCAAAUUAAUAAUCGUCCAUUAAUUGGUGAUCGUUCAGCAUCAAGUGUUCUCAGGUGUUUAGAACAAUUUGUACAAAUAUAUGGAGUAUCAUUUGUAUUGGAUAUCUAUUUACCAUUUGUAAUAAAAACAGUCAAUUCAAUUAUUGCUUGUUUAUUACGUGGAAACAACAGCAACAACAACAAUGCCACUACGACUACUGAUAACAAUAAUAGUAGUAAUAGUAAUAAUAAUAGCACUACGAACUGUUCUACUGCUGAUUUAACAGAAAAUUUUAAUCAAAUAAGCAUUUCUACACUACCAGUUGUAUGGAAUUAUCGUACUUUGGCUAGACUUAUCGCAGCUCUUAUGUUGUUCUAUCAAAUUAUCAUGUAUUUACCGGAUAGUGAAUUAGUUGAACAAUUACAAGAAUCUGUACUACAAGAUGUUCUCAUCAAAGCUGUACGAAUAUCUGGUCGCUUUGAUAUAUCAUUUCCCGGUGGAGUUGUUGGACGUCGUGCUGUUUUAUACAAAUUUAUUGAUGUAGUCUUUGUUAUUGGUUUACGUGUUGGUUUCGAAUUAGCGCGCACACAGCUGACAUCUAUAUUUCAAGUAUUUUUUGCACUUUUUGAUCGAGUCAUUAACACUACUGUUACAAAGAAUAUAUUAUCAAAUAAUAAUUAUCAAGUCAAGGAGGAUACUUCUACUACUACUACUACUACUAAUGCCACAACUAGUGGUAUUGUUGAUACCAAAGUCAGCCAAGUUAGCUCCAAUGAUACGAAUUCGUCACAAACUUCUAGUUUAAAUUGUAUUAUGGCUGAGUUGGUGGAAACAUUCGAUUGUGAUCUUGCUCGUUUGGCAUAUAUUUCAUUUUGUCAUCUUGCUGGUGGUACAUACAUUGAUGACUGCUUGUACAAUGCACAGUCUAUACAAAAGCUAAUCAAUCAAUCGAUAUUUAAUGAGUCCAGUUCAAAAUCAACCAAUGAUACACUAAAUGAAUCUUGUACAAGCGUCAGUAAACAUUCUGACUGUAACACUACUACUACUACUACUACUACUACUACUACUACUACUACUACUACUACUACUACUACUACUACUACUACUAAUAGUAAUAAUAAUAAUAUUAAAGGUACACAAACGACGCGUAAUAAAAUCGAUUUUGAAACUACUUUGUUUGUCAAUUCAACACUAUGUAAUGAUAGUAGUUUUCAUCUGCGCGGUGUUUGGCGUCAAAUUGUUCAUGAUGCCAUAGAUACUAAAUCAUUACCUUCCGUUCCGUAUAAAUAUCAUGGUAUUCAAAUUGCUGCUUUUACAGGUCAUACCAGUAAAAUUAAUCGUAUCACAUGUUUAAAUACUGAAAAUUGUUUCAUUACAUCAAGUCGUGAUAAAACUGUACAGCUGUGGUCUUUGGCUACUACAUAUAAUCUUGGCAGUCAUUGCUUAUCGUCGUCAUCAUCAUCAUCAACAGGAAAUCAAAAAAGCAACAGUGUAAGUAGUUCAAGCAAGACUACACCGUCUGUUGAUUCAAACAGUCAACAGUUAAUUGCUCGUUUAGUCUAUAGAGCACAUAAAAAGUCUGUAGUAGCUGCUCACUAUCUGGAACCGCAUAGACUGAUAGCUUCUAUUGAUGGCAAUCUACUCUUUUGGGAUCCGUGUACAGGACAAACGGUGCGAUCUAACAGUCAUGCGGAAAAUUCAGGUUGGCAAAAUUUAACUGCACUCGAGUGUAGUGCUGUUCCUUAUGGCUCUGUAAUCUGUUCUGAUCAUUCAGCUUUUGUACAUUUGAUUGAUCCUCGAGUAAAAUAUUCUAAACAGACGGGUGGUCUACGUUUUCAUAGUGGUGCAUCUUUGGCUUCAUUUCUACUAAGUAAAGAACGUGUAAAAGUUGAAACUCCUCCUACAAAUGAUUCUAAUAAAACUUCUACAAAUGCACAAGACAUUGAUCUUAAAUUGACUCUUCCGUACAGUCGGUCUACAAUUGACACAUCUAUUACAAAAAUUCUACAUAAAUUAACUGAACAUCUUCAGCCUAACAUAUUUCAUUUCAACAAUUCCACGUCAACAACAACAACGAUGCAUAUGAAUUAUAAUUCUUCUUCAACAUCUUUAAUGCCUGUGAAUACAAAUAUGGCUGGUGUAUUGAAUCGUUUAUCUAUGGCUAAAAAUGGUUAUUAUUUAUUAUGUGGUUUUACAACUGGUAUAAUUACUGCAUUAGAUUUACGUAUGGGUCAAGUGAUUGAUAUAUGGAGAGGUUAUCAUGAUGCAGUAGUUGAUAUUGUUCCACACAAAUACAAUGGAUUUAUAUCAUGUAAUGAUCGAAGUUUAUCCUUCAUUUAUCCAACAGCUAAUCCAAUAACUAUCAACCCGAAUUCUUUAUUGAAUUCAUAUAAUCAAAUGAAUAAUACACUAAAUUGUUUAACGCAUAAUUCUACGAUACAAUUUGAAUCAGAGAAAAUUAUUCUACCAAAAUUACAAAAUAUUACAUGUUUAACAAUGUGUAAUGAGAAUCCAAUUUUCUGUGCUAAUUCAUUGUCUUCAUCGUCCGCCUCCGGCUCCUCCUCCUCAUCGUCGUCAUCAGCACUGAGUACAUCUCGUUUCCCUAUUUUCGGUGGCAGUAGCAGCAGCGGCAAUAGCAGUAAUCCUUCAGCGAAUACAGUUAUCGAAUCAACAAAUGACAGCAAUCCAAUUACUGGAUUAAAGGUUUUAUCAACAAAUGAAUUAAUUGGUGGUCAUACAUCAGUAACAUCAGGAACUCAUUCAUCACAAUCAUAUCAUCAUUACGGGAACAAUAAUAAUAAUAUGAAUAAUAGUGGUAGUGGUGGUGGUGGCAAUGACAUUCCUGGUGGAACAAUAUUAGGCACCUAUCUCUCAUCAUCACCGUCAUCAUCUCUUAGUAAUACUAGUAUUAAUAUUACUAAUAAUAAUCAUAAUAAUUUCAAUCCUGCAUAUUAUUAUACCAUAGGCAGAAUCCCAUCAAAUUUAUUACGUGGUAAUAUUAGUUCUGUACUUUCACUUACAGAGAAUAAUUUUCUCUUGGUAGGCAGUGAUACAGGUGGAUUGAGUGUAUUAUAUUGAAUAUUAUAAUUAGGCGAAUGAGAGCCCAUCACUUACAUAUAUAAUAUAUAUUGUAUAUAAUAAUCCGUUCAGAUUUCCUUCUCUAUAAAUAAUAACAAUAAUAAAACAAGUUCAAUUGUGUACUACAAAUUCCAGUUUUUUUUUAAACUGAAUCAUUGAUAUGACUUAAAUUAUGUGUACAACAAAGUUGGAAAAACGAAGUGAUUUCUUUGCUAGAAAAUUUACGAUCAGGUUACAAAAUUAAUGCUGUACUUCAACUGUUUAAUGGGUUUUUUUGUUAUGUUUUUGAUUCAUUUUUAAUUGAAAAAGAAAGUUCCCUUCCGCAGUGGCCGCCGCCCUCGAAUUAUCAUUCCAGCAAUAACAAAAACAAUAAGAACAACAACACCGACAGCACCUAAUAAUUAUGUAUAUCACUUUAAUUUAUUACACAUGUAUCCUCCUGACAAACAAGAAUGAAGCAGAGUGGGUAUUCCUCGUUGUUCAUUCUCUUUAUUUCUCUUUUAUUUUGGCAGCUCUUUUGUUUUGUUUUUUUGGUUUUUGUAUUCUUCUCUCCAAAAUCUCUCCUUUUUUGUACUUUUUCGUUUAUCAAUUAGUUCCUUCCACGUUUGGAUUGGUGUCCACACCCACCCUCAUCCCCGCCUCGCAGAAAGGCUAGUCUGCUGAAAUUGUCUUCUGCUGUUUCCUUUCUCGUAUGCAUAUACCUACCUAUGUACAAAUAUGAAGAGACAGGGAGGGGGGAGAGAGUGUGAGAUUGUAUUAGUCUCCUGCCUAGACUGUGUUCUUACCUUGUUAUACACAGAAAAUCUGAUUUUAUUGUAAUAAUCUUAUUCAUAUGAUAUACAUUUAAUUUUCUGUGUAUAUUUGAUAAUUUUAAAGAAAAAAGUACUUUUGGUAAUUUUUUUCAGGAAGUAUGAUAACGAACGGCCUACUGCUUGUUUGAAGAGUAGUCAUUCACGUUAGUAGGCGUAUUUUUGACAGCCUUGUUUUUACUCUUAUGAAAAAUUCAGUUGACAGAGUCACUAUUAUUAUUAUUAUCAUACCAAUAUUUGAUAUCCGUUUAUACAACUGUGCAUUCACGUUAUUUGUAUGCGUCAAAAAUUGUUUAACCAGUCGUUGAUUUUUUAAUAUUCUGAUUUCUAUUUCUACCUUGUGAAUAAUAGUGAUAAUAAUAUUAUAAUAAAAUUAUUAAUAAUAUUAUUAUUAUUAAUUUCUAUUUGAUGAUAAUUUGAAAGCAAUAAAAUUAAAGGUUAAUAAUACAUGUUAACUUCUGUUUUAUAUAUUUAUAGUGAAUUCUUUUACUAUUUGUCAACUAAUCCAUAAUUACUAUGUUAUCUCUUUAAAAGUAAUUUCAGAUUGUGGUUACUGUUUUUUUUACAACAGAAUCUUAUAGAGUUCUGCCCUUUCUCCUUAAGAGAUAUAUGUGUAUUGCAAAAAGGCAUGCUUCAGUUUUGUGUGUGCAUGUAUUUGGAUGUGAAUGAUGAGUGAGUGUGGGCAUGAAUGGUUUAUAUCUAGUCUUUCGAGGGGGUUAGGAGUUAAGACUGGCUAUUUUAUGCCUUGGAAUAGAAGUGUGAAUGAAUUUUAUAUAUUGACGCAAGUGGAACAUGUGGCUUCAACAGCAUAUCUCCAUGUCAUUCUGUUCUCAGCAGUUGUCUUCAGCUUGCCUGUAAGCUUUCAUCUCUUCCGGGUCACAUGAUAUCCUCCAUGUCACCUACGGACACCACACUCGGCAUUUUCCAUUCGGGUUCUACUCGAGCAAUGACCUGGAGCGCAAUGUCACUCAACGGUCUUCUCAGAGUGUGUCCGAUCCGUCUCCAUUUGUUGAGUAAUAGUUUCUUGAUUGGUUCGUUCCAAGGGUUUCUCAGUGCUAAUUCUUUCUUGCCGGUCAGCCGUCAGAUUUUCAGUAUUGAGCGAAGAUAGCUGUUGGUGGAGAGUCUGCAGCAGUUUGUUGCAAAUACUUUCGGUGAUGCACGUGCAAAGUCUCUGAACCAUACAGAAGAAUUGAUUUGACAUUUAGUACUGCGUAGAUAAGCGAAAGAAGUGAAGCAGUUACACGGAGGGUAAAUUAUCAAUUAUCUGACACCAUACAAUUUAGCAGUUUAGAAUACUUUGAAUCUAUGAGAUUUUCAUGGAUUUCAUUUGUCUCUUAUGCUCCGAAUAGUUCACGUAUUUUUGAUGAAUACUUAUUAGUUUAGCCCUAGAUAAUAGUUUGAGCCACCAUCUAUCCCUCUUCUCGAUUUUGUGUCCAAC